AUGAAGCGCCUGUUUGGCUUGGUGGUGCUUUUCUCCAUUUCCCUGUUGGCUAACGCAGCUCCCCCAACAUGCUACUCAAGGAUGCUAAAUCUGAGCAAAGAAAUCAUGGAUUCCUUUAACACACUGCAGAAUGAGGAGCCCUUGGAGCCUUGCGUGGAGGGGCUGCCCAGACUUUAUUUGGAUAUUCACAAUUACUGUGUGUUGGCCAAACUACGGGACUUUGUGGCAUCACCCAGGUGUCGGAAAGUUACUCAAGUGGGUGCCCUGAAAGACAAGGUGCGGAAGCUGUACACCAUCAUGAACUCAUUCUGUAGAAGGGACUUGGUGUUCUUGUCUGAUGACUGCGAGGCUCUGGAAAACCCCAUCCAAGCUCCCACCACUGUAAGAUCUCAAGUUAGGUCAGAGCUGAAGGAAGUUCCCAAGAUGUUUCCAAUUACACCCGCUGCCAAAACCUCAACUGGUUAA